CAAUAGGCACGAGUUAACCGACAUAAAACUUCUCUCGCACUAAUUAUUAAUGUCACAGAGCUUGGAUUAGAAAAGGAGGAAGCUACUUCUUUUGAUAAUUCCUCCACCUUUUCCUCAUCCCAUAUUAAAUCCCUCUCCCUACAUAUAUGUAUAUAUAAAUCCACCCAAUUCAUCUCCAGCGUCCCUUUUCAUUUCAAAGUGAACCGACCAACCAUAGCUUAAACUACCAAUACCUUUCCAUACUCCUUUUUUUAACCCAAAAAAGAUGGGACUACAAAACCAGCUCGCAGACAUCUCCACGGAGUCCUUCCCAAUUUUAAUGGUAGCCCUCGUCGCCAAUUGUGUAGGCUACAUCCGUUCAAUCCUCAUCGGAGCUUUCCAAGCCUUUGGCCUUUCUCUAGCCAUGUUCGACGUCUCCAAUUUGUACCAUGUCGACGACGCCUCUUGCGACGCUGUCGGGUCCGGUCUAACCGGAAUCAUUAUGCUCGCCGAGCAAUUAAAGCUGAACCGGGCCUUUUCUUACCGGCUUGCUGGUGAUGGUGCCGUUGGAUGCGGGUCGGGUUUGGGUUCGGAUUGCGUGGUGUGCCUGAACCGGUUGGGUGAAGGUGACCAUGUGCGCAAGUUAGCGUGCCGCCAUGUUUUCCAUAAGGAGUGCUUUGAUGGUUGGCUUGAUCAUAUGAACUUUAAUUGUCCUCUUUGCCGGAAGCCCUUGGUCGCCGAUGAGUGCGUGGCCGUCACGAAGCGGCGCGUGACUGGUGAUGUUCUUGAAUGGUUCUCUUUGAGGUGAGUGAGGGCACGCGCUGCAGCGUCUGUGGUGAUGAUGACUGGAUGAUAAUUAAUGAGGAUUAUGAUUGAUGGACGAAUGAUGAUGAGGCUUCUUUUUUUAUUCUUGGAGGUUUUUUUUUUUUUUUUU